AUGAUCGAGUACUCCAACUCCAACCCCCCUCUUCUUCAGGACUAUGCACAACUCGUCCAUAAACUGCAAAGCCAUGUAGGAGUUGAUCAAUGUGAAGAAGAAGGAAUGAUGAUGAUGAUGGUGCAGGAGGAAUGUGAACUACCCCUGAUAGACCUCGGCGUGCUCAUCACUAGUGAAUCAUCAUCAGAUGAAGCAAGCAAGCGGGAGUGCAUGGCGAAAAUCGCCAAGGCAUCGUCAGAAUGGGGGUUUUUCCAAGUUGUCAACCACGGAGUGAGCUCUGAGCUGCUGCGAAAGAUGAGGGAAGAACAGAUUAAGCUGUUUCGGGCGCCCUUCGAGAAGAAAGCCUCGUCUGGGCUGCUUAACAAUUCAUACAGGUGGGGAACUCCGACAGCUACUUGUCCCAAGCAGUUCUCCUGGUCUGAGGCCUUCCAUAUUCCCCUCGCCAAGAUUUCAGACCAAGCCUCUUAUGGAGACUUCACCUCUUUAAGGGAAGUGAUGGUGGAAUAUGCAGAAGCAAUGCAAGGAGUAGCCAAGCUAUUGGCUGGAGUGCUGGCAAUGAAGAUGGGCCGUCCAAAGCAAGUUCUGGAAGAAAUAUGCGAUGAAAACACAUGCUUCCUUCGCUUGAAUCGAUAUCCUGCCUGUCCAAUUUCACCGGAGAUUUUUGGCUUAGUACCCCACACGGAUAGUGAUUUUCUUACCAUCCUUCAUCAGGAUGAAGUUGGCGGACUUCAACUCAUGAAGGAUUCCAAAUGGGUUGCUGUCAAACCCAACGCAGACGCACUCAUUGUCAACAUUGGAGAUCUCUUCCAGGCUUGGAGCAAUGAUGCGUACAAGAGUGUAGAGCACAAAGUGAUGGUGAAGAGGAAGGUGGAGAGAUUCUCAAUUGCGUAUUUCCUGUGCCCUUCCUACGAAUCUGAGAUUGGCAGCUGCAAACGGGAGCCUUCUGCCUCCGUCUACAAGGCCUUCACGUUCGGCCAAUACAGACACCAAGUCCGCGAAGAUGUCAAAUCCAUCGGCCACAAAGUAGGCCUUUCCAGAUUUCGAGUACAAUAA